UUAAAUCGUUGUAUUUGUGUCAACGACAGGAAGUUGUCCUGGCUAACAGCUGUUGGCAGGUGGAAGCGAUCAUUGAUGAUUAUUGAUCAUAAUUGACGAUUUAUUGGAGGAAGGUCAGGAGACGACUCAGCAGGGUCCGUUACCAUGGCGAUAACGUGGGAUGAUUUGUGCCCUUAUUAUUGGACCUUUUUCAAUUCAAUAAUUUAUUAAUUCACAGAUUCACUUUGUUCAUGUUCCUUCUUCUUUUUUUCUUCUCCUCUCCUUUGCCUCGUCCCUUCAUCUUCCCCAUCCCUCUCUCUGCCUCUCUCUCUCUCUCUCUCUCUCUCUCUCUCUCUCUGUCUCCAUUCUUCCCUGUCCUCUCUCGGCCUUCGUCCUCGACGCCUCUCUUCCUCUCUCAAUCCAUCUACUUUAUCUCCCUCCCCCCUCCUUCAUGCCCCUUCCCUCCACCCAUCCCUCUAUCUCUCUCUCUCUCUCUGUCUCCCUCCCUCCCUCUCCCUCCAUCUCUCUCUCUCUCCCUCCCUCCCUCUCUCUUUCUCUCUCUCUCUCUCUCUUUCAGGUCAAUGAGAGGCAGCAGCAGCUCGGUCUGAAGAGCAAAUCCUCCCUCGUUUUCUCUCCUUUACCUCCUCCCUCUUUUCUUUUAUCAUGCUCUCCUCACUUCCAUAUGAUGAAGAACACAGUUGUCUUAUUUUAGCAGCCCUACCUUCCACCUCCUCCUCUUCUUCCUCCUCUUCCUUCUCGCUUGCCCUCCUCUCUCCUGAGUUUUGACUCCCUCUCUUUUUACAAACACACACACUCACACGCUGAAAAAUGAAGCGUGGGUCGAGUGUGUUGCAGCCUCCCUCUGAUGCAGCCAAACGACACACACACCCUGCAAACGCACACACACAGACACACACCAGUGGUAGUGUUGGUGGGGAUGCUCGUUCACUAAGUGUGCCCAACACACAUGCGGAACGCACACAGGACACACACGCCGAAGGUUCAAGCCCUUUCCCGGCAGCCACCUCUCUGUUCAGCCCUGAUGUCAGCACCAAGAUGGCGUCAGACCUUCUCAUCAAGCUGUCAGAGGCCACCCAGAAGGCCCAGGUGCACCCUGGGAUCCUAAUGGAGGCGGAGCCUCAGCGGCGGGAGGCUCUGCUGCAGGUGCGGGGCGGUCAGCAGGACGAGCCGGGCCUCGCUCUCUCUCCAGACGGCCCUGGGGCGAGUCCUGAGCCGCCAUCCCUCACGCACACACCCGAUGGCAAUGCCACCACGGACACGCUGGCUUCAGACCUGCUGAGGAAACUGGCAGAACGCCAGGAAGUGAACUGCCAUGACGUCAGGAUCAAAGAAGAGGAAGAACCAAUGGAAGUGGACACAAGGGCUGUCUCUGACCUCAUCCGUGAUCGAUCGGGUACACGAGACACUUCCUCAUCUUCCCCAAAGAUGGCGAACCACCAUCUGGUCAUCAAAUCAGAAGACCAGGGUCUCCACAGAAACGAGGAUCACGAAGGCAAAAUGUCUGAACAGUGUCUCCUAGGUCUGAAGAUGGAGGACAGCUUCUUCACUGAAGGCUCUGGCUCAAAGACAGGCGAUGGCGCCGCCUCUGGUUCCAGCACGUUUCCGUUUCAUGGCGUCUCUGGGACUAAGAUGACAAAUCUUCUCUCUGGAGUCAAGAUGGAGGAGCAGUUUCUCUUUAAAGCAAAACUUGCAGAGCGGCCUUUCUCCUCAGCAAAGUUUCUCUCCGGAGUCAAGAUGGAGGACGAGUUUUAUUCAGGUGUCAAAAUGGAGAACCAGCUUCUCUCUGAGGCUGAGGUGAUGGACCCGGUGUUUUCCAGAGCAAAGGCAGAGGAGCAGCUUUUCUUUGGAGCCAAGAUGGAGGACCCGUGCCUCAGGGCCGUGCUGUGGCAGGACAUGUCGGUGAACCUGGCGUCCACGCUGCUGCACCAGCUCUCAGAGAGGGUCAGUAAAUCCAACAGUCAGCCAAUGAACAGGUCGACUCCGCCCAUCAGAAGCAGCCCUGUUUUGAAGCUGAAUGGAGACCCACUCCGUUCCCCCUCACUUGUGAAGAAACAGGAACCUCCACAUGAAAUGCAAACCGGCCUCAGCAGGGAUCCAACUGCAGGUUACUUCUACAGGUGUCAUGUGUGCGGGUUUGAAAUGGAGGGGCGUGUCCUUUUCCAGAGUCACAUGACAGAACACCGCCAAUGGGAGCACGGAUCCUUCUCGCUACGCUGCUGCGUGUGCGACUACUCGACCAAUCAGGAGGCAGAGAUGAGGGCUCACGCCGACACGCACCUACACAGCGACUCCGGCGUCAGUGGAGACGUGAGAUGCCCCAUCACCCCCCCUGCCACCAUCACCGCCUCCUCCAGCAGUGCUCUGGCAGUUGCCAUGGCAACCCCACCGGAGAAGAGCACCUCCGAGCAUCGCUGCCGCAUCUGUCAGAGGUCGUUUCCCGGGCAACAGGAGCUGCUGGUUCACUUCCAGGGUCACCGCCAAGGCAACCAGUACCGGUGCGACCGGUGUGGUCACCUGACGCGGACAGCCAACAAGCUGGUGGAGCACGUGCGCGUGCACACGGGCGAGCGGCCGUUCACCUGUGACCUCUGCCCCUACAGCGCCAAGCGGCGGGACAGUCUGCGGCUGCACUGCAAGGUCAAGCACGCCGCGCACGUCGGGGGGAGCGCGGCGGACGCACCCGGCGACGUGCACACGCACCGCUCCUACGUGCACGGAGACAAUCAGCGCUCAAACAAACACGUCCAGCGGCUGCACACACCGCUCAACACACACACUGCUGCUCCCUCCUCCUCCUCCUCCCUUCCUCCUCUUCAUCCCUUGCUCUCCGACCGGGCAGGAUGGAGGGAUUUGUCUCCUCUCCUCCCCAUCACAACGCUCAUCUCUCUGAAACCUCGCUCUCCUCCGCCCCCCAACUCUUCCUCCUCCUCCACCAAACACUCAUUUCUCUGUUACCUUGGUCUGACAACCUCUUUAUAAACCUUCUUUGUCCUCCUCUGCUCGCUUCUUGACUCCCCUCCUCCUCUUUCAUCCUCAUUUCCCUGCUUCCUCCUCUUUUGUACUUCACUUCUCCUCUUUUGACCUUCUCUCCUUCUCAUUUCCUUGCCUUGCCUUUUUUUUCCUCCUAUAUUGAUGCCAUGCUUCAUCUUAUGUCAUCUCCUUGUUUCCUCCUCUCUCUUCCUUUCCUUGUUACCUCUCUCCUGGCCUACACUUCUCCUCUUCCUUCCUUCUUCUAAUUUUCUCUUUUCCAUUCUUCUCAACUCCUCUGUUGCUUCCCUCCUUAUUUCCUCUCCUCUGCUUGACAUCCCGUUUCAUCUUCUUGUUCCUUCUCCUCUCCUCCUUUCCUCUCCCCAUCCUCUAUCCAUCCUCUGGACUGUUAAAGUGAUGGAUGUAAAGCUCUGUAAUGUAUCUGAGGAACUUUCACUCAACACUAAGUAUGAGAAUGUCAAAUAUGCUUGAUGCACUGAAAAAACACACAAAGAACGUUUUGAAUUUACCGAACUUUUUGCAUCAUGCUCGUGAUCUUUGCUGCCUGCUUUUAGCUGCUCAUGUAAUCACUAAACUCUUUGGCUAUUUAACCGACAUAUUUAUUGCUUGUCUCUCUCUCUCUCUCUAUCUUGCUCUCUCUCGCUCUCUCUCUCUAGUCUUUCAGAAACCCUGCACUUAAAAAUCCUCUCGUCACAAUUUGCACAAAAACAAACACUCAAGAUGCUUAAAUGUAAAGAUUGUUUAUUCAUUCUGUCCUUUUGUUUUUGAGAAAAUCACCAGAAAGAAGUCGUCUAGUUUUCCUAAGUUUUCCUAAAAUAUGUGAGAUAAUUUCACCUGUUUCAGAAAAACAUUAUGUUUAUCAACCUGUGAUGUUAUAGGUCAUCGCUUUCAUGUCAUACAUGUUUUUAGAGAACUCGACGCAGCUCCACCAGGUUUAACUCUCAUCUGACAACAUUAAAUCUUUUGAAAUCUGUUUUAAGGCUUCAACAACAUUUAAUUUCAUCACAGUUAAAUCUGCUCAGUCGAAUGUAAGAUCUCCAGGCUGCGAGAACUUAGAGAUUCAGUUUAUGAUUCAACAUAGAUGACACAAUAAACCAGGAAAUAUCCAGAUCUGAGAAGCUGUUUUAAAGUUUUGGCAUUUUUAUUUAUGACUUCAUUAUAAUUAUUUAAUAGUUCAUAUUCCUGAAUGAGAAUCAUCUACGACGACUUCUGUCUCUUCCUGCUUUGGGGAUUUUUAAGGGGACGAGGUUUCUGGCAGACAGUGAUGCUAUUUUUAAUAUUUGUGUUGUAUAUUGAUAAUAAUGUAUUUGUGUUUACAUGGCGACACAGGGCUCCUCAGAGUCUGACUCGUCAACAUUUAAAGUUGCACUACACGUUGGUUCACUGAGAUCAAAAAUGUUUAUUUUAACUCUUAACAAACCAGAAAGACGAGUAAUGUUAAAAACCACAAACGUUCAAUGAAUUUAACAAUUUUACAUUUGUUUUUCCAUGUUGCGUUUACAUUACAGA